UAAUUUUGUUUUAUUUUUCUAUUCUCACGCAGGUCGUUAAUAGCAGUACAACAACACGUGUUGAAAAGAAAUCACGUUUACAUCACAUUACAUCCUCUUCCUCCUCAUCGUCCUCUUCAUCCACCUCCACAGAAAUGAAAGCGGCAGCACUGAAACGCGAUAUGAGCGAAUUUAAAAAUUCCAUGUCAGAAAUCAAUGAUUUGGCCUUGGGCCGCAACAACACACCCGCCCUAACGGGAUCAACGGGGACCCUUAGUCAUCAGCCACCCUCCAUUAACGAUCUCAGCAAUUUAAAUGCCCUCAAUAGUUCAGAUGCCAUAAAUAAACUUAAGAAAAAAUUACGCUCCUCUUUGGAGAAUAUUGUUGAUGGCAAUAGUGAACCUCAUAUAACAUUUCCCGAUGAUCAUGAACACGAUGACGAUCAUAUGAAUUUAGAUAUGGAUCUAGUGAAAGCCUCUAAUCAAUUGGCGGCCAAUGGUUUGAGCGGUUCGAAGGGCACGCUAGUGGACACCGUAAAGUUUGAGGAGAAACGCACUAAAACAGAAUCAAAAACGAAAGUAGUGGCUGAUGGUUUUAGUUCGGAACAGGCGACCAGUAAUUUGGCCGAAAGUAAACGAUUACAGACAGGUGAUAUUGAUUAUCAACAGGCGAAGGCGGCGGCUGCCUCGCGAAAUCGCAUGGAGGUUGAUGGUGUCAAGACAGAGGAAAAUGCUGCUGUCAUACAUGUAAGUGGAAUAUUAAAUAUCUUUUUUUUUUUAAUUUAUUUUUUUGAAGAAAGGUCUGUUAGGAUAAAAAUUGGAAAAUCUUCUGAAACCAAUAAACAUUUUUUAUAA